GAUUGACAUUUCAAUUGCACGGAAAAGGGAAAAAAGGGAGCGAGGAGGCGAUUUGUGCAUGUCCCCUUCCAUUUUCUUUGUUAUUAUAUCUAAUAAUUAUAAGGUUUUCAUUGUUACCAGAGGGUAAUAUACAGGUGAAUUGUGCUAAGUUGCUUAGGAGUCAUGUCUGUCGUGCCUCCCAACCGUUCGUCCACCGGUUGGCCCCGUGGUGGGUCUGUUCAAUUUGGUAACAAAUACAUGAGCGCGCCUGCAAAACCACUCACUCUGGAACGAACUAUAAAUCUAUACCCCCUCACCAACUACACAUUUGGUACCAAGGAGCCUCUCUAUGAGAAGGAUAGCUCGGUGGCCGCACGCUUCCAGAGGAUGCGGGAGGAGUUCGACAAGAUGGGGAUGCGAAGGACGGUGGAGGGUGUGCUGAUUGUCCACGAACACCGGCUACCGCAUGUGCUGCUCCUGCAGCUGGGAACAACCUUCUUCAAACUGCCUGGUGGAGAGUUAAGCCCAGGGGAGGAUGAAGUAGAGGGGCUGAAACGCCUCAUGACAGAGAUCCUGGGCCGCCAGGAUGGAGUGAAGCAGGAUUGGGUGAUCGAUGACUGCAUCGGCAACUGGUGGCGUCCCAACUUUGAGCCACCUCAGUAUCCCUACAUUCCAGCCCACAUUACCAAACCGAAGGAACAUAAGAAACUGUUUCUGGUGCAGCUGCAGGAAAAAGCCCUGUUUGCUGUCCCCAAGAAUUACAAGCUAGUUGCUGCUCCCCUGUUCGAGCUCUAUGACAACGCCCCUGGCUAUGGACCAAUCAUAUCCAGCCUACCACAGCUACUGAGCAGGUUCAACUUUAUUUACAACUAGAAGAGGAGGGUCUGGGCUGUCUCUGUGAGUGCAGCCGUAUCUGGGAAACGGGGGGAUGGGUUGAUGGGAAGCAGAACUGGCCGGGAUUUACUGCAGCUGACCUCUGAAUUCUCGCCGUUCCUGAACAACCUGCAGGGGUAGUUUAUGGUGGAUGGAUGAAAGUACUAUUUGAUGACCUUUUGUUUUUUGUAGAGCUGAAAAUUCCAGCUAAUUUUGUCUGAUUCAUGUUUAUCCCAGAGGGUCUGAUUUUACACUCUCUCAGAAGAGAAAUAUUUUGAUUAAAUACAUAAAAAAACGUCAGCAUUGAGUUUCAUGUUAUGUUUUAACCUGUGAUGAUGUCAUGCAUUUUUAAUAAAGCGGUCCUUUCAAGGAAAAGUUCAUUUUUAAAA